AUGUGGGAGUCCCACAAGUUCCAACACGUGAUUCAAGUGGCCAACCCCGGGUUUCCUAUUGAUGUGACAAUAUAUGACGUGACUGUUGAUGUAUUGGGCAAGUCUGAAGUUGUUCCACCGACUAUAUCAGUGUUUCACAUUGUGGAACAAGUUGGACUUGAUAGUUUGGAAGCUACUAUCAGACAGAAGCCAUGUGCUAUCUGUUGUGAGAGCCUUGAUCACGUUUAUGACGCAGAAGAAGGGAUUAUUCGCUUGCCCUGCUUGCACCUUUUUCAUGCAGAUUGCCUUAUCCAGUGUUUAAAUGAUCAUGUGCAUGUGUGCCCCCUCUGCAAUUACCCACUGCCUACUGUGGAACUUGGUGAACCAUCCAAACCCUCGGGCAACUGGAUUGGCGUGUGUUGCUCGUGA